GGGGAAGGACAGUAUCUGUUUAGAUUUGUUCUAAAUUUAAACCCUGAUUGCCUUGCCUCCCCCUCUUCUCCCCUCCCUCCCUCCCUUCCUCUCACCCACCCGCCCUUCUUCCUUGUUCGUAGUGCAGGGCCACUCGCUGGGCUCUGUCAGUUCAAACUGAGCAGGAGCCGGGAUAUUCCACCCCCUCCACGGCGGCACGGCUGAGGUGCUCCUGCUCUGGCUCGGCUGAGGUUUUCCCACAGAUAAGAGGAAAAGGGGUGGGGAAGAAAGAUUGCCCCGCGGACACCUUUCUCUUGCAGGACAUGGAGAACAGGCCAGCAGAGACCAACUCAGAGGUGGACAAGUCGGCAGCACCCUCAGUSGCUCAGCUAGCAGGGAAGUUCAAAGAGCAAGCAGCCACUAUCCCUGGAAAAGAGGUACCACCACAUAAGCCAACUCGGAGGAAACCACCCUGCUCCCUUCCCUUGUAUUCCCACAAAACUGAGACAAGUGACAAUGAUGAGCAAAAGCGGUCACCAAAUGCUUGUCCUGUUCCCAAGGUCAAGGUGAAAAGCUCACCCAUGAUUGAAAAGCUGCAGGCYAAUCUGGCUUUUGCUCCAGCUGCUCUGCUGCCAGGAGUGUCUCCCAAAAGCCCUGGUCUGAAAGUCCUGGUUUCUCCAUUCAGCACGCCUCCCUCAACGCCCACCAGCCCAGGAACUCAGUCCCAGCCCAGUGAGUCACCAGUGAGCUUUGAUCARCCCCCAGAAAGCACUCAGCUGCAGUUCUACAACAAGGUGCGGACGCGAGGAUCGAUAAAGCGCAGGCCUCCCUCCCGGAGGUUCCGAAGAUCUCUGUCUGAGUAUGGAGAUGGGGAAGAUUUAGGGGUCAACUUGUCCUCUCCAGAAAAUGGUGCCAGGGAAGAUGAGGUCUUUGGGCCCAAUGGCAAGACAGAGGAGGUGGAAACAGGGAGCAAAGAGCUGAAGAAACAGGCAGGUUCUGAUGAGCAGCCAGCAUCAAGGAGAGGAUCCAGCAGAUCAGAGGAUGAAGAAAAAGGGAGCGAAGAGCAAAAGAAACAGACAGGGUCUGAUGAAAAGCCAGCGUCAAGGAGAGGAUCCAGCAGAUCAGAAUAUGAAGCACAAGGGGGAAAAGAGCAAAAGAUACAUACAGGGUCCGAUGAGAAGCCGCCAUCAAGGAAAGGAUCCAGUAGAUCAGAAGAUGGAGAAAAAAGGGAAAAACAGUCAGAGGAAACUACUCCUUGUGAGAAUAACACAGAGAAUACAAAGGAGGAGGAAGUGUGUCAUGAUGCCCCAGGAGAGAACUCUCCUCAGCCCCCCUCUGGAAACAAUGAGAUAUGUGAGGGUCYCCAGGGAGAAGAGCAGCAAAGCACUGCCUGUGAACCAGGAAAGGGGGACAAGGAAGAAGCUGAAGCUGAAACAAAGGAGACCAUCGAGAGCACAGACACACCGAGAAUAUCAGACCUUGAAGAAUCAGCACUGGCACCUGAACCGCUGCAGGAUGCAGUGGAACUAGAGACUGCCAGUGAGCCUUCAGCAUCAGCAUCGCAGGACCAGGGCACAGCAUAGUUUUGGCACACAGGACAUACCCAAUCAGGGMAGAGGACACUUAACAUGUGCAUAGGAGCCAUCUAAGCCAAUCAAGGUGGAAGAUACUGGAAAACCUUCAGUGGCAGGAGAGGAACAGAAUGCAGAAAUCACCUGAGGUCUGGACUCGUCACAGAGCUGAGUGGCCUCUUGAUGGCUCUCUGCUUUGUACCAUGUUUUGGGACAGCUGGAACAAGAUGCAGUCUCUUCUGAGUUCAAAACUCAGGUGUUGGCUGAUGUGUCUUGGUGAUACUUGGGGAGUAAGAGACCUGAUACCCGCUGGCUGUCCUGGAGCCAACAGCCACCAUCACUCACGGUCCUUCUGCUUCUUCAUCUUGCUCCAAAGUGUCGUCUUCUCCCCUGCAUUGGUCUUAGAUGAAGUUCAUCAGUUACGUACAUACAUACACGUAUGGUGCCUUUUUAAUAGCUUCUUUUAAAGUACUCUGGGUUUCAAAACUUGAGUAAAUAAUGUUUUAACAAUAGGAAACAGUAUGUUUUCUCCAUAUAUGCUGUCUGGCAGACAAUGUGAACCUGAACACAGGGACAACUAGAACAUUGAUCAUAAAAGAAUAAAAUCCCUUUGAAGUGGGGCUGAUUUGUGAAAUAGCUACCUUGGUAGUCUGGUAGGUCCUGUGUGCUUCAACUUUGGGUGCUUUUAGUGUGGUGGAAAAUGACAACCAGCAGAUGGGAUGCAAAGAAAAGAUGUGCUGAUAAGGUCAACAGGGCAAGUUGUCCUGCCUGGCUCUGGGCUCCAGUGCACAUUUAGAAGGACUGGUUGUCCAUCAGUCUUUCUCACUUCCAGACCCUGUCCAGUCUGUUUUGAAACUUCUAGUAUGUGGCCACCAAGAGCCACUCAYGAUAGAAAGCAUCCCAACUUCCUGGAAACAGACAAAUAAUUUUGUGCAGGUCAAAGAAGUCUUAGCUGGCUGAGUUUCCAGUGGCAUUGCCUAGCUGAAUUGGUGAAGGUCAGGCASCCAGUCCCUCCUAAGUGUUUAUGCACUGUACUAGAUUUGCAUUCACUCUUGGGCUACUAAAAGUCAUGGGCUAGCAGUCACUACGAUUUUGAUCUGGGGARUAUUUGGGGAAAGCUGGACGUCAGAUCCUCAGUCCACCAGUUUUCUGACAGCAGGAAGCUGGAAGUGCUUGAAGCUGUGCUGGUGACACUGAACACAAUGUCCAUAGUGUGAYGUGGAGCUGUGGACAAGCCUGGGCUCACUGUUUCCAGUUAGCCAGACUUGUCCACAGCUGAGCCAAGGCAUCAGCCAGCUGUUAGGUGUUCUAAAUGGUCAGAGGCCAAUGCUUAAACCUGCUGCCAGCCRCCUGGUACCCAGCAAUACAGACACGGCUGCAGAGACCAAGGGCAGAAAGAGCAUCCCCGCUGCUCCUCAUCCAUCCCCACGCUCCUCCCAGCAAACAUGAAGCUGAGCAGGAGCAGAGGCUUGUCUUGUCCCUGUCUCUCUGUAGAAGCACAAGCAUUUCAYACCACCCAGCUCACAUCUGUCCUCUGGCAGCCUCUGUGACACAGGAGUGUUACAAACCUGUGGGAUAGCCCCUUUCUGUUGACCAGCUCUAAAAGCGCGAGGAAAGAGGAGGCUCUGUUCCCUGCUUUUCUUUUUCCAGGUGAAAGCACUGAGGUUGCACUUGCUGAGAGCCAGCAGCACUUGCCCUCCUGCAUAUCAUGAACUUACUGGCAAACAUGACUUCCACACUCUUUUGAGCCGUGCUGUGGAGCACUGUUGCGUUUGAAUCCAUUUUAAUCUGCUUGCUAUGGCUUCUAUUCCAGGGCAGGCUGCAAUCACUGGCUGUUCCCUGUUUCCUCUCUCAGCAGAGUGUUCCCAUCUGGAUGUGAGUGGUUGUGCCUYACUGUACAUACAGAUAUAUGUGUGCCUGUUUGGAGAAUGUGUAUGUGUGUCUCGAGCACGGGAAUGGAAAUCCGAGGGAGAAACAGAAUCAAUAAAUGGUGGAA